UCGGUCUCGGGCUGUGGGCGGGAGCGUGUGUGCCGCGCCGCUGCCGUCAUGGGCUUCGGGGACCUUAAGUCCGCCGCUGGCCUGCGGGUCCUCAAUGAUUUCCUGGCUGACAGGAGCUAUAUCGAGGGGUACGUCCCUUCUCAGGCUGAUAUAGCAGUCUUUGAAGCAAUCGCUGCCCCACCUCCUGCAGACUUGUUUCAUGCUCUUCGGUGGUACAAUCAUAUUAAGUCGUACGAAAAGCAAAAGGCAAGCUUGCCAGGAGUAAAGAAGGCUUUGGGGAAAUAUGGUCCUGCUGAUGUUGAGGACACAACAGGUGCAACCACAGAUAGCAAAGAUGAUGAUGACAUUGAUCUUUUUGGAUCUGAUGAUGAGGAGGAAAGUGAAGAAGCAAAGAAACUGAGGGAAGAACGUCUGGCCCAAUAUGAAUCAAAGAAGUCCAAAAAGCCAGCUGUUGUUGCCAAAUCAUCAAUCUUGCUUGAUGUGAAGCCUUGGGAUGAUGAGACAGACAUGGCCAAACUAGAGGAGUGUGUUCGAAGCAUUCAAGCAGAUGGCUUGGUCUGGGGAUCCUCCAAGCUAGUACCUGUUGGCUAUGGUAUCAAAAAGCUUCAGAUCCAGUGUGUUGUUGAAGAUGAUAAAGUUGGAACAGAUAUGCUGGAAGAGAGAAUAACAGCUUUUGAAGAUUAUGUACAAUCAAUGGAUGUAGCUGCUUUCAAUAAGAUUUAAGUCUUGAUGUAUCUAGAAUAAAUGUAAUAGCAAAAAUC